AUGCUAUACUCCCUACAGACGUACCUAAAGUACUUUGCUUUGCUGGGGCUCGUGCCUUGGUCGGAAUGUGCUCACCAUCAGUUUAUACAGAAAGUUUACUCGGUUUUACUUAUUGUUUUUAAUGUAGCCACUUUCGGGAUUUCCAUUUAUUAUCCCCAGACGUCAGAGCUGUUCAUUUCUCUCAUGGUCAACGUAAUCGUUUUUGUAGCCAAGAUUGUGUGUUCCACUGUCAUCGUGCUGCAGAUGAUGGUUCAUUACGAAGACUACUACCGGUUUUGCAUGGAAAUUAAAUGUUUGAGACUUCGACUUCAGGGCGAACUGAAGAUGCAUUUGGGGGGAUUAGGCUGGCAAACUUAUGCCAAAAUUUUAGGACUCGGUUUUGGCUUUUUGCUGUCGUUAUUACCCUCGAUCUAUGUGGCUCUCAGUGGAAGCCUCCUCUACUUUUGGGCCUCCCUACUUUCGAUUCUUAUCAUUCGGAUGCAUUGUGUGCUGAUGUUGCUAUACGUGGACCUGUUGGGACUCCACGUAAAUCUUCUGGGAGGUCGACUGCAAAACGUACUGGACUGUCACCUUCUGGGCGCCAACUGCGUUCUCGAUGGCGCUGGCCAUCAUCUUUGUUCCCUGGAGUUCCUGUUAGCACUUAAGCAGAGUCACAUGGAGCUCUACCAUCUGUUUACCCACUUCAACGACCUCUUUGGCUGGUCCAUACUGAGCACCUACGUGGUUCUGUUCACAGACAGCACGGUUAACAUAUACUGGACACAGCAGGUUCUGGCUGAGGUCUACGAAUACAGAUAUCUCUAUGCGACAUUUUCAGUUUUUGUGCCCUCAAUUAUCAUUAUUUUCGUAUUCUGCCGAUGUGGAGAGUUUUGCAAAAGACAGAAUUUGCUGAUAGGCAGUCAUUUGAGGAGCUUAUCCUGCCUUCCAUCGCCUGCAAGGGAACCGGCUUAUAACGAACUUCUCUUAGAAUUUAUCAUGCAAGUGGAACACAAUGUAUUGGCUAUAAAUGCCGAGGGCUUCAUGGAAACUGAUAACUCACUUCUAAUGUCGAUACUGGCUGCGAAGGUUACCUACUUAAUCGUCCUUAUGCAGUUUAGUUCAUUGUAGCUUUGGAAAACAUUUCAACUCCUUUCAACGGCCCAUUCGGUCAUAUACAUAGAUUAGCCUAAAUAAGAUUAUACGAAAAUAGAACCAUUACCAAAAACAACAAUUUGAUAAGGCAGCAGUUUAACGUUUCAUCGGCGCAAU